UGCGCGCUGACGUCACGCCUCCCAGCGAGGGCUGGCUGCGCGAGAGCUGUGUGCUGGAAUGCGUGCGUGUCGCGUACUUCCUCGGACGAGCUGAGAGUUUGGAAAUAACUUCUUCCGAGACUCGUUUCUACGACGACGUCGCCAAACGACGCGCGAACACCGUCGCUGGUUGAGCAUGUCUGCUCAGACUGUGUAUCCAGCUGCUGCUGGAAUCUUCAUGCCACUGCCAGAGGUGGGCCACGACCUGCCCGAGCUGCCUCGCAAUGAUGUGGUGGCCCCUCAGCUAGUGAUGCUCGCUAAUGUGGUGGUAUCUUCAGAGGCGUCUUCCUCGGACUACAAUGCAGAGGAGAAACAAAUGGUGGAGCUCAAGACCGUUGGAUGCAACAACUACUCUGACAGCGAGGAAGAGGGUGUUGUCAGAUACAGUCUUGACAGUUCAGAGAUGUCUGAGAACACGUACGCUGAACAUGCCACACGUGUUGAGCCAGAGGUGACGGAAAGAGUGAUAGAGCAGGCUGAAAUUGAGCGAGCAGAAGACCUCUCAAACGCAUCUGAAAAGACUCCAUCUGAAUCUUCACCGGUGGAAAAACGUAAGCGCACCCCGGUUGUUAUCUUCGAAUCCAACAAAAAGAAGAAGAAGCCUUUCUUUUGUAAGCCCUGCCAGUACCAGGCUGAAAAUGAGCAGGACUUCAUUCACCAUAUCCGUGUUCACGGCGCCAAGAAAAUGACGGUGGUAAAUGGCGCGGCUGACUCUGACGACGAUCUGGCCAGUGAGUCAGGUCAAUCUCAGACACCAAACCAAGAGAAUAGUGAAAGUUUGAGUAACUCCAAAGGCGUGAUCCGCUGUGAGCGCUGUGGAUACAACACCAACCGUUAUGACCACUACAUGGCACACCUUAAACAUCAUACUAAAGAGGGUGAAGACCAGAGAGUAUUCAGAUGCACCAUUUGUGCUUAUACCACCAUCAGUCAGUAUCACUGGAAGAAACAUCUGAGGAAUCAUUUUCCCAGCAAGCUUUUUACUUGCAACCAGUGCUCAUAUUUUUCUGACCGCAAAAACAACUACAUACAGCACAUCCGGACCCACACUGGUGAGCGUCCGUUCCAGUGCAUAUAUUGUGACUACUCCAGUUCUCAAAAAACUCAUCUUACCAGACACAUGCGAACCCAUUCAGGUGAGAGGCCUUUCAAAUGUGACAACUGCAGCUACCUGGCAGCCAACCAGCACGAGGUGACCCGCCAUGCCAGACAGGUCCACAAUGGACCCAAGCCCCUAAGCUGCCCUUACUGCCAAUACAAGACAGCUGACCGCAGCAACUUUAAAAAGCAUGUUGAGCUCCAUGUCAACCCUCGCCAGUUUCUUUGCCCGGUUUGCAAAUACGCUGCAUCCAAGAAGUGUAACUUGCAGUAUCACAUCAAGUCAAGACACCCAGGAUGCACUGAUAUAUCGAUGGAUGUCUCAAAGGUAAGGCUUCGUGUGAAGAGAACCGACACGGAUGACGUUUCACCAAAUAAGCUUGUGACAGACCAGUGUGGAUCAAAGCAAAGCGAGGACAAGCAGCUUGGAGAAUUGGAUGAUGUUGAAUCAGGUCCCAUUAACCUCUCCAUUAAGAAACCCACUAAAGCCACCCUUGCUGUGGAUUCUGAGCUGACUGACAAGACCGCAAAGAAAAACCCAGAUGUCAUUGUGAAAGAAAAAUCUGGAAAGCCAACCCAGCAACUCAAUGAAAAAACUGAGAAAAAGACUAUGCCUAAAAAUGAGGGAAAAGAGAAAAACGGUAAGAAGGUUAAAGGAAAGACUUUGGUGAAAGCUGUGGAUGUUGCUGUGGCACAAACAGAGGGCUGCACUGACAAACAAAACAAUAAAAAAGAAAUGAAGAAGGUCGAGAAAUCACGUAAAUCUGUGGAGAAAGUAACAAAAGGUCGUUCUAAGAAAGAGAAGCCACUAAAGGAGACCGCCAAUGAAGUUAUCGUGAAACAUCAGCCCAUUGUUGAGGAGCAAAGAUUAGAUUUGGAUAAAGAAAGACCAGAGAAAGACCUUCUAGAUAAACGGCAGAAGCAAAAUGAGAAAGAGGAAAGAGAGCGGCUAGAAAAGGAAAACAGUUUGCUUAAUGCGAAAGCAAAGGAGAAUGUAGGGAAAGAAAGUGUAAAAGAUAGCAAGAAACCUCAACCCAAGAAAUCAUACAAGAGGCAGACAAAAUUGUCAAAGGUCAACAGUGAAAAGGAUACCCAGAGUACAGCAGCAACGCAAGAAGCCAGGACUAAACCUGUCAAAAGAAAAGCAGAGAACAUGAAAGUACCAGCGAGUGAAAAAAAUUGUUCAAAGCGGGUCAAGCGCGCAAUGAAAGAUACAGCCAAGCCAUCAACAAGUUCUUGUGCUCCAGAGAGAAAUCGGACCAUACCUGAGUUUCUGCAGGCCGUAAAGAGUAAAACCAAGAAUGCUCAGGCAAGUGCAAACAAACCUGAGAUUUGUGUCAUUGAGCCUGAGAAGACCAAUCAAGUCCGGGAGAAGAUAAACACUGUAGAAAAGGAAAAACAGUCCACCACAGAAACACCAAAGGUACUUGACCAACCAGAUGUGCAGACACCUACAGUAGUGACCUGCCAAGAUGAGAGAAAUCGCAAGAAGACUUCUUCUGUUGUGGAGGAAUUCGCAGUUCCAUGCCAACCCCAAGGUCCAGACUCUGAACAACCUAAAGAAAGUGAGAACAAGGCCUCACACGAACCAAAAGAAAUUCCAGAUGUAGACAGUGGAAGUGAGAUGCCUUCACCUACUGACAGCGAGACCUCUCCAGGUUUCAGCCCAACUCUCGAACUUCCUGGUCCACCUGGUCACAAAUCUACCGACGCAGAGGAUGACGAGGGUAUACACAGUAAUGAUGGGGGAAGUGACAUCAGUGAUAGUGCCUCUGAAGGAAGCUACGACUCUGGUCUGAACGGACUGGCUGCUGCCACCGAGGGUGGAGUGAAACUUCCAGAGACUCCGACAGAAGAACUUCCUUCUCCAACCAAACUGCUCAGUCACACGUGUAUCUUCUGUGACCGUACCUUCUCUCUGGAGAUGGACUACCGUCGCCACUUGAACCGGCAUUUAGUAAAUGUGUAUUACCUAGAAGGGGCAGCUCAAGGUGACAAGUAAGGAGCAUCUUGAACGGAAAAAGGCAGCGAUUUUGUGUUUUGAAACAGUUAAUGAGGUUCUCAUAGACUUGAACAAAGCUUGUUCAAGCUAAAAAUAAGAUUCUUGUUGUUCUUGAUGGCUUUACAGCUAAUGACAGAUGACCACAUCUAUUCCAGUUUGCCAUGACUCAACAUGAUACAUUAAAAUUACAGUAUUUUUUCAAUUCUAAAAUGAAAUCCAUUGUCACCUUGGGGAUCCCAUUGUUUAACCUAAACUAACGGAAUCGUUUUUUAGUCCUGUGCUCCAUGUCGAAAUGAUCAUCUGGGUUUUCUUGUGUUUGUUACACUACUCGGAAGAAACAAAAAGAAGAACUGCUCUGAAAGCAAGUACACUUUCUCUCUGUCCCUGCGGAGAGCUCAGAUUAGCCAGACCCAGGUGGUCCAGCGCUGAAUAGCCCUGAAGAUAAUGGGGCUUUCAGUGUCUUUGUGCUGUUCCACUCCACUGAAGCGCCUCCAUCUCUGGUCAGCAAGAGGAGGAGUGUGUGUUUAAAGCUGGCUAAUGUCAUUGUAUUCAACUGCUUCUUUGUUCCUUUUUACAGUUUAGAGAGCACUUGACAACUAACCAUAAUCUUACCUUUGAGGCUCUGUUUCACGUAAGCUAAACAUUUCAUUUUAACACAAAAAGAUUCAUGUACACUUCCUAGAGGUCUUUCUUUGAUUACACUUGUUCUGCCUUUAAGGAAAGAAGCAUGUAGUUUUGUAAUGUUUGUGGAAUAGUGGCUUUUUUGUUUACACUUCAAAUUGUAUCUCACUUCUUGAGUUUGUAGAUUUUGUCUGUCAAUUUUUUGGUAAUACUUCAAUUUCAUGCUCAGUCCAAAGAUUUUGUUUUUGCUUUUGUUUGUAUAUAAACUGUACAUAUUUUUCUUUCUUAUUGCUCUUCAGUGCCUUGGACAAUCAGUUUGAGCAUUUUAAUCAGUGUCUCAGAUGUUUAGAUCUCAUUUAGCUUCAAAUGAAAGAAUGGCUUGUCUUUUCUGUGUAUUUUACCCAACCAACAUUCCUUUAUACAUAUCAAAUUGGUUAUCUGCAUUGAAAAUCUGUUUAUCCAAAGUUUGUCUGAUCAUAUUGAACUUUUUUUUUUUGUAUGAGUGUGAAUGUGUUGUUGCCACAACCCUUGUAUAUCCGUAAAUGUCAUUUUAUUGUCUACAAAAAAGGAGGAAACAAAAUACUGCAAGAGAAAAUAUAUAGAAAUAAUUUGCGUUUAGUGCAUUAAGUGCAAUAUUGAAUUUUUGGGUUUAUUACCAAAGCAAGAUGUAGUUGGUAAAGUCUGUAGGAGCAAAACCACAGGCCUCAGAUGGAAAACUAGAAAACAUACUGUUCACAGGUACCCCAGUGCACCUGAAAAACUGCACUCUUAGACGGUUGGAUACUUUAUCACUGUAAAUUUGUCCUUUUAUUAAUUUGUGUAUUAAGCACUGCUUUUUUGCUUUUGUUCUUUAGAAAGGCAUUUUGCCAAUUCACACAUCAGAUUGUGCCAUUUCUCCAUCUUUGUAAUCAAGUGCGUGACUUUUUUUUUUUUCCAUUUUCGAGUAAAAGUAGUCAAAUUAUAUCAGUUGAACUGUUAUUGUGUUAUCCCCUUGAUGUCUUUUUAUGAAUAAUCUGAAAAACAGUUUACUAUGUGACCUGUAUGUUUAGCUCUAGAUGUUUCAAUAAACAAUCUUGCCACA